UGUAAACAACACUCAAAAUCUUUUCUUUGCUUUCUGUCAAUCCACAUUUCUCUUUCAUUGCAACUUGCUCACUAAAAAUUAAAAUGAAAAGAAAAAUGCUAUUAAAAAACAAAUGAAAUGAAAAGGCUGCAAAUACCACAGCCGCCUUUGUUUUCUGACAGCUGAAAACGAAAAAAAAAAGGAAAUCGAUGCUCUUAGGCUUAGCUUCUGAAUUCAAAUAGAACCCAUCAGAGUUUUCAACCAUUUCUAUCUGUUUUCUGCAUCUAGACUGCUUUGUUUUUGUGAUUAAGGAACUGGGUUGUCUUCAUUUGCUCAGCUAGCUCACUGCAAGAUCAAAGCACAGCACAUGGACUGGUAUUUUGGUAAUGGUAUUGAGGAUCUUGUUGUCCCCAAGGAUCAAGAAUUAGCAGAUAGGCUUCCUUCACCAGAAAGUUGGUCAAAAUGGGAAUACUCUGCUCCAAGAAAUUUUGAGUCAUCUAACAAACGCUUCGUUGUGGAUGAAAACUUGACUUGUGAAGAACUAAAGUUCAAUGGUAGAUUUUGCAACGGCACUGAAUUCGAAACAUCAGCUGAUGCUAAGGAUCCCUCUAGCUUUCCAAGUGUAUGUGGAGGAUUAUUAGAGGAGUCUUUCAAUCAGGCUCCACUUUCAUAUCCCCAGCCAGAUUAUGAGCUUGAUGAUUUUUCCAGAUUCCAGCAGAUGGAUGACAUAUUCUUGAGUCCCUUACUGGAAGAUCUGCUUGGGAGUGAAGAUCUUCAGAAAUCAUUUUGCUUUUCUCCUGAAAAUCAUUGUGGGAGAAUGCCGGCUGAUUAUCUUCCGACAGAUGUAAGUUUGGAUUCUCAAAGUAUUUCAAAAAAUGAUCAUGGUAUGGGAAGCACUAAGUAUCUCAAAACUCAUGCAUUUUCCCCAUUGAUGACUUUGGAGAAAGAAAUAUCUGCUUUACGUUUUAAACCACGCAAGUCGGGGCUCAAGAAUAGCCCAUCCGUAAAGGCACCACAUGCCAAAAUCUUGGCCCCUCCUGAACAGAACAGUGAAAAUGGAUUUGUAUCUGAGGGAAUAUCACUUGAAGAAUCUGUUUUGCUGGAGCUUGAAAUGGUGACAGCUCAGUUGUCUAAUAAGACUCGAAUUUGCUUUCGAGAUGCAUUCUACCGUCUUGCCAAGAACUCAAAACAGAAUCCUGUAGCAAUAAACCAACACGGAAAUGUCUGUGUGAGAACUCAUUCUCCAAUGUGGAUAGUCUCUGAGGAGAAAAUGAGGUCUGGAAGAAAAGAAACAACCGAAUCAGAGACCAACACCAUUGAUCGAGCUAUUGCUAACCUCACCUUCAAUAUGAUGGAAACUAAUGUUCGAGAUUUUCCUAUUGCGACACCAGCCAAGUCUAAGCAACAUGCCAUCAGAGUGACAGGACAGAUAAACAAUAGCUCAAGUCAAUCAGGGAUCCAUUAUUUCCCGCAAUCCUCUAUUGCCUCAACUGAUGCUGAGGUUCCUUUCCUUGUUUAGAAAUGCUCCCAAAUGAGAAUGGCUGGACGUGAAUAGGCCUCAAGGAACUGAUUCUGAGAACAAGGGUGUAGAAGUUCUUAUAGCGUCAAAGUCGGUACGAACAGAUAACUGGAUUGCUGGAAAUCACUGGUUAGAAGAAUGAUGAUGGUAAGGGGAAGUGGGAAAGGGAAAGAUUGACAAAGUUAUCUAUGUUUGUUAAGCAAAGAAGAUUCUUUUAGGUGUGUUCCAAUCUUUGUAUAUAAUAGCAGUUCAAAGCACUGGUGGCUUUGUACCCUCCACUUGAUACAAUACUGUUUAUGUUCAGCUCAGUUUUGAUUAGCAUUUCAGAGAAAUUGAUUCAAAUUUCCAGGUGACAAGUUCAUCUGCAUUCUUCCUUUGCCA